UUUCAUUUUCCACCCUUCUUUUUUCUUUGGAGUACGGUGCGUGCGUGACAGACGACUGCAGCAAGUUGUGAGGCGGUUGGGGCUAUUGAGCUCACACCUUGCGAUGAACUGUGAAGAUUGGGCGAACGCUUUGCAACCGUAGCAGACAUGUCUCCGGCCGAAUGUCUACGCUCGCUGUGGACGUAGAACCACAUGAAGUCACGAAGUGGUUUGUGUGCGCGCUCUGCUGCUCGUUCCACAAUUGUCCGCUGCUGCUGACGUGUGUGCGUGUUCACCGUUGGCGCACUGCUGCAUAAGCGCUGUCGCUUUCGCGUCAGCGCACAAUAUCCGUACACCCGUGUGACUGCGUUGAUGUGCCACACUGUCGAUUUGUCGGCUGAUGCUUCGGCCUGCAGCGAACCCGCCCGCCGCCACUCCAGAUGGAGGAUCCAUGCAGCGGGGUACCACGCGUGGUGCGAGCACCGGCCCUCAAGCGAGGCCGUGCGGACGCGACGCCACUCUCCGAGCGGGUCAAGCUCGAGCGGGUGCUGGGUCUGACGGUGACGAGCAGCGCGGCGCUUGACUGCGACCCCAGCUCGGGCUUGGUCGCCUAUCCAGCCGGGUGUGUGCUGGUGUUAUACAACACACGCAAGAACCGGCAGCAGCACAUCUUGAAUGCAUCCAAGAAGACCAUCACGUGCUUGGCCUUCUCCUGGGAUGGCAAGUACCUGGCCACUGGCGAGUGUGGGCAUCAGCCUCAUGUGCGCAUCUGGGAUGUCGCUGAGAAGACCCAGGCAGCUGAGUUUCCGGGCCACAAAUUUGGCGUCACCUGCGUGGCAUUCUCUCCCAACCUCAAAUAUGUGGUGUCAGUGGGCACCCAGCACGACAUGGUGGUCAACGUGUGGGACUGGCGCAGCAACACCAAGCUGGCCUCCAACAAAGUGUCGGCCAAGGUCAAGGCAGUGUCCUUCUCCUCUGGCGGGCACUACUUCGUCACCGUGGGCAACCGCCACGUCAAGUUCUGGUACCUGGAAUACUCUCGGGGGACUAAGUACAAGCCUGAGCCCGUGCCGCUGAUGGGCCGGUCGGCCAUUCUUGGGGACCAACGCAACAACUACUUUUGUGGCGUGGCCUGUGGGCGGGGUGAGUGCCAGGGAAGCACCUUUGCCAUCACCCGGUCGGGCCUAUUGUGCGAGUUCAACAGCCGCCGCCUGCUCGACAAGUGGGUGGAACUCAGGAGCAGCUGUGCAAACUGCAUCACUGUGGGGCGGGACUGCCUGUUUGUGGGCUGUGCGGACGGUGUGGUGCGAUGCUUCAGUCCGUCGACGCUGCACUUCCUGGCAACGCUGCCGCGGCCCCACCCGCUAGGACUGGACUUGGCCCUCGCAACGGGAGUGGGGGGCGCCCCUCCUGUGGUUGUUGGAGGAAGCUCGGCCCCACCCCGGCACCCUCACACAGUGGCACUCUGCUUCGACGAGGUGCAUCGGCGGCUGACGUGUGUCUACAACGACCACAGCCUGUUUGUGUGGGACGUGGGCGACCUGAAGCGCAUUGGAAAGUGCCACUCCUACCUCUUCCACAGUGCCUGCAUCUGGGGCAUUGAGAACUACCCGGCCAGUGGAGAUCUGCUGCCAGCCGGCACGUUUCUUACCUGUUCGAGUGAUGACACGAUCCGAGUAUGGAACCUGGAUCGAGCGGCAGCUGGCAGUCGCAACAUCUACUGUCCCGAACUUCUCAGUAUCCUGUACAUGGAUCCAAACCUGACCUUCAUCUGUGAUGCCGACUUCCAAGGUGGCAGCAGUGACAAGGUGGACACAACAUACGAUGGCAAGAACGGCGUUCGCUGCCUCUGUAUCAGCCCGAACGGGAAACAGCUAGCCUCGGGCGACCGCACGGGCAACAUUCGAAUUCACCAGCUGCAAAGGACGGGUGCCCAAGAGGUCUGCAAGAUCGAAGCUCACGACUCUGAAGUGCUGUGCCUGGAGUACUCGGGGCCUCCGGACGAGGGUGGCAGGUUGCUGGCCUCGGGCAGUCGUGAUCGUUUCGUGCACCUCUUUGAUGUCGACCAGGACUAUGCCUUCCAGCAGACACUGGACGACCAUUCCUCCUCCAUCACAGCCGUGCGAUUUGUGCGGGGGACCCCGCCAGGCACGCUGCAGAUGAUUUCCUGCGGCGCUGACAAGUCAAUAGUUUUUCGUAAGGCACAACAGGCUCAGGGCCCACCGGUGUUCUCACGGAAACACCAUGUGGUGGGAAAAAGCACGCUUUAUGACAUGGAGGUCGAUAGCUCACAGGAGCAGGUGCUAGCCGCGUGCCAGGAUCGACAGGUGCGUGUCUAUGCACUGGCCUCCGGAAAGAACACACGCUGCUUCCGGGGAAGUCCUGCUGAGGAGGGCACGCUCAUCAAGGUGGCUUUGGACCCGACAGGCACGUACCUGGCCACCAGCUGCACGGACAAGACGUUGGCGCUCUACGAGUACAGCACGGGCGAGUGCCUGGCUUCGAUGCUGGGCCAUUCGGAGCUGGUUACUGGGCUGCGGUUUAGCCACGACGGUCGCCACCUCAUCUCGGUCUCUGGUGACAGUUGCAUCUUUGUGUGGCGGCUGCCCCCAGAGGUGAGCCAGGUGAUCUGCAGCAACCAGGCUGGUGUGCCCUUGCCCACCACAUGGCAGGAUGCAAGCGCUGCCCUGGAGGCCGAGCGAGACACGCGGUCGUCCUCUGUGGCCGUGGCACGGCCCUUGGUGUCUGGCAGCCCGCAGGAGGAGUCGUCUCCCGAGUACCGCUUCACGCUGGGGCCCCUGCCAUCGUGGGCCAAGAAGCAGAUGAUGGAGCAGCAGCAGCCAGCCAACAGCAAGCCUCCUGCUGCCGCACCACCUGUUCCACAACCCCGAGGCCGCUGGGCGCAGCGCUUUGAUGCAGCGCGUUCGCUAUUUGAGAACGGCAAGGAGCUCCCGUGUGGAGGUGCCCGGGAAGGCGACUCGAGUAGCGCAGCGAGUGGCAGUGUGCGCAUGGAAGACGGCGAUGCAGAGGACGAGCACUCGGACACGGAGGGCAGUGGUGGUGUCCUCUACCCUGUGCCCCAGGACGGAAACAGCACUGAGCCCGUGGGCAGCUUCCGGGUCACGGAGGCUGACCUGCCCCGCCGGCGCCCACACCGACGUGUCUACAACAGUACCCCAGAUCUGCAGAGUGAGGCCAACAGCGAGGAUGAAGACUCAAGCAGUACAGCCGAGCUUCGACCUCUGUCAAUGUGUGUCAGCACCGAAAACCUGGACAAGCUGGGCCAGCGGGAGCACUUCAUGCGUGCCAACUACGAGAGUCUCGAGCAGCCGGUGACACCCCCAGUCCCUGGCGUCGCAGGGCCCAGCCCUGGCACCCGCUCGAGCCUGUCUGCUCGCCACCACCGGCCAGAGAGCUCUACGCUGGGCUCGUCGGGCAGUAGCCGUAGACGCGAAGAACUAGCCCAAGCCCUCAACCAGGCACGGCAGAAGUUGAACGCUCUGGGCUGGUGCAGCAGCAAGAGCAGCGGCGACCUGUUGGCAACCAACCCCGAGGAGAACCUCAUCCGCCGCACUGCCUCCAUGACCGACAUCUCGUCCAGACGUCGGCUUACCUACUCCUCAGGUGACUCGGUCGGCCUCUGGUCCCAGCAACAGCAGCAGCAACAGCAGCCUCAGCAACAUCAACAGCCGCAGCAGCAGCAGCAGCAGCAUCUGUCACCCUUGCAAGGCAUGCUGCGCAGUGCCAGCCUCGGGGCCCUGCACAUGGCUGGUAGGCGGGUGCCGCCAGUGCAGGUGUCGGACGACUCUUCUUCCUCUUCGGACAAUGAGUCGACAGUCAAGGGCCCCACCCAGGUGGUGACCCCAAGUAGCGGACGCGAGUGGGGCGGACGUGGCCACGAGAAUCCGCGCGCCCUGGUGGAGCCCAUGCUCCAUGGGGGCCGUGGAGGGGGAGCAGCCACGCCGGGCACACCGCGGCCUCUGCCCCCAAAUCCGGCCGUGGCCCCUCUCACUCGGGAGCUUUGCGAGCGCGUUGCCCAGGAGCUGGCACGCAUCACUUCCUAUGCCAUCCACGUCUUUCAGAGGGUGACCAUGGAUGUGGACUUGGCCCCAGCUGACCGGUCCGCCAUGACCAACACCCUGGCCCACGGUGUGCUGCAAGCUCAGCAGAACCUGCGGCCAGCAGCACCUACGCCACUUUUGGCACCACCGGGAGCGGCUCCCCUGUGGUCAGCACCGCCAGCUGAGCCACCCGUCUUCCAGCAGUUUCCAGCUGCACGGCGUUUUGCCACUGCCGAACCUGCACCUCCCGCCCCUCCCCCCCUGGCACCCAUGGGUGGUCCCCUCAAUCAGUCGAGCUCGGACCUCAACGCGCUGCUGCAGCAGUACUCGGAGCAGCUCAUGAAGAUGGUCAAGGAGCAGAUGGCCAAAGGCGACAGCAAGCCCAGUGAUUCCACAUGACUCUUUUAGACGAAGCCAUUUUUAUUUUAUUUUAUUCUAUUGCUGCCAAUAAAGGGCUUUCAGCUGGUGA